AUGAAGAAAAUAUUUUUUUUAUUACUUUUUAUUUAUCAUAUUUUUGGUGAAAAUUCUUUUAAUCGUAAUAGUACACAUAAAAGAAGAAGAUAUCGUAAAAAACCAAAAUAUGUAUCAGAGGGAGCUUCAUUUUUACCUACAAUUAAACCAUAUACUGAUAAUGUUGAUAAAAUAAUAACAGAAAUAGCUGAUAUUUCUGAUUCAUGUUUUAAAAAAUUUUCUCAUACAACUAUUUUUAAUUCACAAUCUUUUGAAAGAAAAAGUGGAAUUUCAUUAGAUGAAUGUAAAAAAAAUUGUUUUAAAAAUAUUAAAUAUUCAUUAAGAAAAAGAAUUGAUAAAUCAUAUAAAUGUCAAAGUAUUGUUUAUAAUGAAGGAAUUUGUGAUUUAUAUAAUCAUCUCGGUGAUGAGGCACCUUCUAUACUAGUACGCCUCAAUAACAGUCAUUAUUUUGAACCAUCAAUGACAAAAUUAUGUAUUGAAGGAGAAAAAAUAAAUGAAUCUAAAAUAAUUAAAUUAAAAGAAAUACCAAGAAGAAAUCAUAUUUAUAAUUCAAUUGAAGAUCAAAUAAUUGAAAAUUCUUUUCAUCCUAUAAUAAUUGAAACUCCAAGUGAAAUAAGAAGAAAAGAAUCAUUGUUAUCAAAAAGUAAUACAUUAAAAAAAGAUUUUCCACCACCAAGACAUAUAAGUAUGGAUGUUAAAAAAAAAGAUUUUCAAAAAACGUGUGAAUAUGAUAAUAAAGUUGAAAGUUAUUUAAAAGUUUCUGGCUUUGAGUUAUUUGACAACAAUAAAAUUAUCCUUGAAAAUACUAAUUAUGAAGAAUGUGCAAAUAUUUGCAAUUAUAAUAAAAUUAAUGACAAACAAGUCCAAUGUAAAUCUUUUGAUCUAUUUCAAACAACAUGUCUUUUAUCAUCUGAGUCAGCAGUGCCUUUAGGUAAUAAGCAAUUAAAAAAAAAUUUAGCCUCAAAUUAUUAUGAAAAAAUUUGUGUAGAAAAAAAUUUAAUUAAAAAUUGUCAAAAUGUUUUUGAAAGAUAUCCACAAAAGAUACUUGUUGGAUAUGCUGAAAUGGUUUUAGAUUCCUCAACAUUUGAAGAAUGUUUUAAUUCAUGUUUAAAAGCUGAAAAACUUUUUGGUUUUCAUUGUAAAUCAGGAAUGUACUAUUUUGAGGAAAAAACUUUAAAUUGUAUUUUAAAUACAGAAAGUAAAAAUACCCAAACAAUUUUAUUUACAGAUGAGUUAAAUGACAUUGUAGAUUACUUUGAAACUGGUUGCAUUAAUAAUAAGGUAAUAGAAGAUAAUAGGAACCAAAAAGAAUUUAGAAAGGAAGACUUGAUAUUUAAAGAUAAAUCUCAUCCAAAACGAGAUAUGGAUGAAGGAACACUUUUAGUUACGCUUCCAUCUAAAGAAAUGAACAAAGAAUUUUUAAAAAAUAUGAAUCCCAAAUGGAUUGUAGUACAAUAA